AUGUCUGCGACACAGGCAAACCCGUAUCGAGACUACGCAAUCGACUAUUCCUAUCCUGCCAAUUGCAAACCCGAUAACCAUGGCGAGUUACUCGCCUAUCACCACCCGCAGCAGCAGCACUCGCAGCAACCUCAGAUUCACCAUCAUGACAAACCGCCAGACGUCCCUUUUGCAACGGCGGCGGCAGCGGCAGGGGGGUCACCGCAUACAGCAUUCGAACAUCAUCCACAUGCAAGCGCAGGCGUCAUUCCAGGUCCGACAUCACAAGCGAUCGUCCAUGGGAUCCCACAGCCGGUUCUUCUUGCACCGCACCAGAUGCUCCCCCGGCAUCACUUUUCGCCUCAGUACCCAUCAACCAGCCUCGAAAUCACUUCUGCGCAACACGGCAAAAAGCGACCUCAUGCAGAGUCAGAUCCAGAUCACGACGAUGGCAGACGGGUCAGAUCACAUCUGUCGGGAUUCCCAGUCGAGGGGUCCGCAGAGGCUUCCCAAACACCCGAUGCUCUGUUCUCGACACAGUCCGAGCAAGCAGCAUCGAGCAACGGCUUUGGCCCGCAGGCUUCGAUGGCACUGCCGCAGCAACACCACCACCAUCACAUGCCGCCUCAAGCAACGAUGCGAUCGAGCCACCAUAGUGUAAACUCUCGGUCGUCGAACUAUUCUUCCGGCCAACGAAGCCUCGUGGGCAUGCCGGGAAUGCCUAACCCGAGACCAAUAACGCCGCAUAAGAGAAAACCGUUCACGCAAGAUGACGAUGAACUGGUGGUGGAUCUGAAAGAGAACAAGAGACUGACGUGGAAGCAAAUCGAGGAGUUCUUCCCUGGUCGAACGAGUGGCACGCUGCAGGUCCGGUAUUGCACGAGGUUGAAAAAGAAGAAUGUGGUUUGGACGGAAGAAAUGAUACAACGGCUUCAACGUGCUAUUCAAGACUAUGAGAAAAACAAAUGGCGCCACAUUGCGGGGAAGAUUGGAAACUGUGUUACGGCUGAGGCAUGUGAAGAAAUGGCUUCGGAUCUUUGA